CCCAGCGCUCUUCCCUCGUCAACUCCAUUCUGACCUGAGAGAGAACUACACAUUUUCUCCUUUUUUUUGCAAAAAAAGAGUACUUAAAGAGAGAGAGAGAGAGAGAGAAACAGAGAGAGAGACAGAGAGAGAGAGAGAGAGAGGAUAAUCCUGUAACUUCAAAGUUUCUGUUACUGAUUAUUUUUGACUUCGAUGAUGAUUUUUCUGAAGAAGUGAUCACCGGUAAAGGACUUUCGGUCGGAGGCAACAUGAAGAGAAUCCAGCCGUUCACGAUCAGCACCAAGCUGUCCAUCCCAGUCGAGUCCAAAUGUGCGGAGUGCGCGGAUAUCUACCAAGCGGCUCCCACCGCCACGGACAAGCUGAUAAACACUCAGAACCAGCUGACCAAAGACUGCAGUGACCCACAAUCUCCACACGCUUUGACCCAACAGGUAGACCCUGCGGCGGUCUCACCUGUCGAGGACUUUCCGGAGGACCAGACCUUGGAUUCACCUUCGUCAUCCUCCAGGUCCAUUAAAAAGAUUGCCAUCUGCGCCAGCGGUGAGACCCAGGAGGAGAAGCCCGACGCUGUGCCAAGGCAGAGCCAGGGUGGCAUCAACGCCGAUGGCAACAACAGCAUAAACAGUAACAAUGGCUCCACUCCAGACGUUCAGCCUGUUCAGGGGGAACGCGAGGACAUUUCCUCUCAGCUGAAGAACGAGCCAUGUCGAAGGCUUAAGGCACGAGACCUGAAGUGUUCCUGCGCUGUUCCGACUUGUACCGCACAGCACUCCGACGGGACCGCGCAGGCCCAGCAGUGGGAACUCAAGGACUUCGAGAACUCUCUCAUACAGCUCACAGCCAGUCUGGACUUCAGGGAGGAAGAUCCACAGGAGAAGCACGAGCUGCGGGACUUCAGCUCAGAGAAGCUGCAGGAGUCGGAGGACAUGGAUGACCACGACAGACCGUGGCUGAGGCUUCACACUCUGUUGAAGAACUACCAGAAGGACCUGAUGCUGGCGCUGGAUGUGUCCAAUUUUUACCAGCAAGCAGACAACCUGAUCAAGACCAUCAACAGCAAGAGACGAAGUGUAUCACUUCCAAACAAUCAGGGAAGGUGUGUUGACACAGAAAUUGGCGAGAUCGCCUCUCAAAUCAGAAUGCUGAGUGAGACGGCGUCGCGGCUCGCUGACCUCCACCCAACGUUGGCCAGCAGGGUCACGCGUAAGCAGGCGGAGGUCAAGCACAGCUGGGCCCGCCUCCAGGACACCCUCAGGAACCAGAGAGCCGAGGAUCCUCAGGUUCCGCCGCAGUACUCGGCCAAUGAGAAGCUGUGCGGCGCCGGCAGCACCGCCACAGUCACAGCCGCCCCGAGCUCCCCGGAACCCGAGGUGCUCGGCAUCAUGGGAAAGGACAUCAAAGAGGAGCAGAACCGCCUGAAAGGAGUCGAGGACACGCUUGACUUGUGGGACAGAGGGAGGUUAAUGCUGAUGACAGACACGGUUCCUGAAAGCAGCACCAGAGCACAAGACGCCGCCACUGAGCAUGUGGAGGAGGAGGAGGAGGAGGAGGAGGAGGAAGAGCGGUGA